AUCUCAACCGACUUCCGCGACCGUCUGUGAACCAUUUAAUCGUGGCGCCGAUUCAUCUUUUACAGCGACGCGACGGUCCCCUCGACCACGGCCGAGGUGGAUUCUGGGGCAUGAAUCAUAUUACCACCUCUUUCACACCUCUCGAAACAUUUGCUUUAUUUCAAGAGCUUAACAGGAACUUCCAGAGCGGUCUGGUCAUCGGUACCUUCAGUCAUAUCUCCGACACGCUCAAGAAAACACCGGUUAUAUACGAACAAGACGGAUACGAUGCCAACAGGUUGAGCCCUGACUCUCUUCAGGGCAUUGCCCUACAAUUAUUGCGAGAUGAGAAGAGACGGGAAGUUGAAGCUACGAUAGAGAAGAAUAAUGCCGCGUUAUCACCAACUUCUAAGAAAAGGAAGCUUCAAAGCCCCCCUCUAUCUACCUUUCCGGAAUCUUUAGACCACACCGAAAAACUCCCGAUCCUAGUGGAGAAACUAUACAUACGAUUCCGAGAUAGCCUCAUUCGAGAGAUUAGGGAAGAUGAGAAACGAUUCGAAGAACUUCAACGCGAACUCAUCGAGAUCGAACGAGGCGAAUGGGAUAGCAAGUUUAGUCAAGAACAACGCGUGGAUUUGAAUAAGAAUGGUGUUCCUAGUACCAACGACUCAGUACGUACGAGGCCGGAGGGUCAACUAGCUGUAGCGCCACCACCGAUACCCCCCUCGACACCAGCAUCGGUUGCGACAUUCACACCAGUACCAACACCGGCACCGAUACCCACGCCAACACCAGUUCCAACUCUGCCAAAGGUUCAUGAUCCCGUGAGGAAAUCUGAGCCGCCUCACAUUCCUCAUCCACCCCAAGAGAGGACAACUAUACACCCAAUACCAUCUUCACUCCCGUCAACUGCUCGACCCUCGAACGAAGCACGCCAUGUUACACCUGAUAAUAGGUCACAAGAGCUGGGCCGGCCGAUAGGUGGUCCGAUUGCUGUUUUACAACAUCCGCAGGCUGUUCAAGGAUACACCGCACGUCCAGGUUCUGCCACCCCACAACCUCCUGUCACGGAUGGUCUACAACGACCCGAGGGUAUACCCAAAGGAAGAAGUCCUGCCCCAACACCGUCCAACCAACCUCAUAUUUCCUCUCCGACUCCAACUCCGACCUCUGCUCCUGUGCCUGCUUCUGCUUCUACAGCUGCGCCUUUGAAAUGGGAGCCUCUAUAUCAACCUCCACAUCAACCUUCUCAACCUUUUCAAUCUACCCAUCAAGUAUCUCACCAACCUCAGCUGCCACCAGGAACACCCUCACCACAACAUCAGCUCCCCCACCAAACGCCUGUUCCGUCUCCCCGCCCUCCCUACAACGCGGGAGUCACGAGACCCCCGUCGUAUCCCUCCCAGGCCCCAACCGCUCUUCCUCAGUUUCCUCAGAAUUACUCGGGCGGUAGGCAGACUCCUGGACAAUAUGGUCAGCAAUCUCGGCCCCCGAUACAGGGGUCCACACCAACAUCCCCUUCUGUCCUACUACCUCCACAAAAUUCUGGUCAAAUACCACCGUCUCUUCAAUCUUUGCCCUUGAAUGCGGCUCCCGAUGGUAUGGGACAACAAGCACCGCAGCGCCGUCCAGCAUCUGUCCCCGUGGCGACUUCUCCAAAUCCCAACAUGGCGUCUGGCCCAUACCCCCAGCAUCGGGGUCAACAUGUGCCAACUCAGACACCCGUCCGGCCGCCUGUCGCAUUAUCGGCCGUUCAUCCAGCUGUGGGUUCCGCGAAGCCGCCUGUUCCGCCAGCUCAAUGGGCACAUUCACCAGGCCCGGCCCAGCCUAAUUACGCGCCUCAAAGCCCUGCCCCUACCACACCAGCGCCUCAACAAGAUCAACCACAACCGGCAUUGAAAUUAUAUAGUUCGCCGUAUAAUCCACAAGCUCAACCCGCUAGCACCACCGAACAGCCACAACGCCCUCAAGUACCUCCAUUACAGACUCCGGCGUCCACAUCUCAGCCUAUUCGUCCUUCGUCAAUAACCCAAUUGCAGACACCGAUAGCUCUUUCGCCUCAUGUCAUAAGAGGGCAUGGUACUAAGUGGACUUCGACGCCGACCCCUGCGACACCGAGGAUGGAGGAUGGAACUAGUUAUUUCGAUCUUGAUAGUCCGAUGUUCGAGCCAAUCAGUCCACCCUCUCAACCAGCCCAACUCCCCAAGACCUCCCCCGAACAGGCAGAAACGAAGGAUAUGCGGAAGCCUAUACAAAAAUUCGAUGGGUCGGCUAGUAGGCCUAGAGGCCGACCUCGUAUUUUGCAGAAGCCAACGCCCCUGGUCCAGUCGGAGGAGGCAUCAGCAGAACAAAAUAUUCCAGGGAGUGAUAUAAAGAACGAAGAGGCAACUCCUCGAGCUCUUGAAGACAUUGGUGAUGCGGUUGCAGUAGAGGAGAAUGUGCAAAACCAAGUUCCGCCUCAACUGGAGCCUAGUCAACCCUCUAACAAACGGAAGCGCCAGGAUAGCCCCCCGAAUCGGGCGUCACCAACACCGGCUACUCACGUUUUAUGGACACGUUCGUUCAAUAAAAUUAGCCAGUCUGCUUUGGAUCAAAUUAUCAGCCACCGCCAUGCUAAUAUGUUUGCACAUCCCGUGAAGCCGAGGACUGCUCCAGGCUAUUUUGAAAUUGUGCUUCGACCUCAGGACCUCAAGGGCAUUCAGAAGGCUAUCACCGCAGGUUCCAAAGCGGCAGCUGCGGCUGUAGCGACGAUGUCUGACAUCGAGGCGAGUGCCACAAAUGUGUGGAUCCCAAUAUCGGUGGACCUAGUCCCCCCGCGAGGUAUAAUCAACAUCGCACAGUUAGAGAGAGAAUUAGUUCACAUGUUUGCCAAUGCGAUUAUGUACAACCCAGACCCUUAUCGCGGUUUCGGGCCUUCAUUUCUGAGGUCAAAUCGACGUGCUAAUCAAGAAGAUGACGGAGAGGACUAUCGGGGCUACGAAGUGGACGAAAACGGGGUCGUGAAAGAUACCCGCAGCAUGUUUGGGGAGGUUGAGAAGCUUUUAAGCGACCUCCGUAAUGAGGUAGAGCGCAAUGCUCCUCCACCUACGGGUGUGCCACCGUCAGUGAGCCGUAGUUUGAGUGUAGCCGGUGGCGAGAACAAUACAGUUGAGGAUGAGGCGGAUGAGCAAGCAGGAGAUGCCAACAAAAGGCGAAGGAUAAGAGGCUAGCGGCCGUCAAAGUUGAA